AUGGCCUCGGCGGGGACCCCGGAGCAGCGGCUCCCCGGGGCGGAGCGGCCGGCGGCGGCGGCGGGGGGCCGGGCGGAGGCGCCGCGGUGCCGCAGUCUGCCCGCGCUCGGCUCCCCCCUGGCGGCCGGGGGGGGCGGCGGCGGCCCGCCGAGCCCCGCCGCGAGACCGGCUCCCGCGGCCGAGCGGGGCCAGGGCGCCUCUGCCGUCGCCGUGGCUGGCCGGCCCCCCGCUGCCGCCAGCGCCAGCGGGAGCUUCCCCUGGAAGACGGAGGGCGGCCAGCCGGCGGCGCCCGGCCGAGGGGUAUCCCUGGGCCCCCCGCUGCUGUUGCCGCCGCCGCCGCCGGCGCUGCUGCUGGCGGGACCCCCGGGCAGAGCGUGCCUGCGGGCAGUGCUGGCGGACUCGCGCUUCUUCCUGGUGUGCAUGUGCUUCCUGACCUUCAUCCAGUCCCUCAUGGUCUCCGGCUACUUGAGCAGCGUCAUCACCACCAUCGAGCGGAGAUACAGCCUCAAGAGCUCGGAGUCGGGGCUGCUGGUCAGCUGCUUCGACAUCGGGAGCCUGGUGGUGGUGGUCUUCAUCAGCUACUUCGGGGGUCGCGGGCGGAGGCCGCUCUGGCUAGCCGUCGGGGGGCUUUUCAUAGCCCUGGGCGCUGCGAUCUUCUCCUUACCUCACUUCAUCUCUCCGCCGUACCAGAUCCAGGAACUGAACUCCUCCGUCAGUAACGAGGGCUUGUGCGUGGCUGGCAAUGGCACUGCCAAAGAGCAGUGGGACUCGUCGGCCUGCAUCAAGGACACCGGUGGAAACGAUCACUCUCUCUAUGUAGCUUUAUUCAUUUGUGCCCAAAUCCUCAUUGGCAUAGGCUCGACACCCAUCUAUACCUUGGGACCAACCUACUUAGAUGACAAUGUCAAGAAAGAAAACGCCUCGCUUUACCUAGCCAUCAUGUACGUAAUGGGAGCACUUGGACCUGCAGCUGGAUAUUUAUUAGGAGGACUUCUUAUAGGUUUCUAUGUUGAUCCUAGGACAACUGUGUAUAUUGACCAGAGCGAUCCCCGAUUCAUUGGAAACUGGUGGAGUGGAUUUCUCCUUUGUGCCAUUGCUAUGCUCCUUGUGAUAUUUCCCAUGUUUACCUUUCCGAAAAAGCUCCCUCCUCGACAUAAAAAAAAGAAAAAGAAGAUGAAUUCUGAUGAUGUUUCAAGUGAUGAUGACGUGAUGAAAGAGAAAACAAGUAGCAAAACAGAAACAGACAGUUCAGUUUCUGCCUCUAUGGGAUUUGGAGAAAAUGUUAAAGAGCUUCCAAGAGCAGCUGUCAGGAUCUUAAGCAACAUGACAUUCCUUUUUGUGAGUUUGUCAUACACAGCUGAGAGUGCCAUUGUCACAGCUUUUAUUACCUUCAUUCCCAAGUUCAUCGAGUCACAGUUUGGCAUCCCAGCUUCCAAUGCCAGCAUCUACACUGGUGUGAUUAUUGUCCCAAGUGCUGGUGUUGGUAUUGUCCUAGGUGGCUACAUUAUAAAAAAGCUGAAACUCGGUGCAAGAGAGUCUGCAAAGUUGGCUAUGAUCUGCAGUGGUGUGUCUCUGCUGUGCUUUUCAACACUCUUCAUUGUUGGAUGUGAAAGCAUUAAUCUAGGGGGAAUAAAUAUACCUUACACAACUGGUCCCACUCUUGCCAUGGCCCACAGGAAUCUGACCGGAAGCUGUAAUGUUAACUGUGGAUGUAAGAUUCAUGAGUACGAGCCUGUCUGUGGAUCAGAUGGAAUAACAUAUUUUAAUCCUUGCCUAGCUGGCUGCAUCAGUGGUGGAAACCACAGCACAGGGGUCAGAAAUUACACAGAAUGUGCCUGUGUGCAGAGUCGCCAGGUGAUCACUCCGCCGACAGUGGGCCAGCGCAGUCAGCUCCGGCUGGUGAUUGUCAAAACCUACCUGAAUGAGAAUGGCUACGCUGUGUCUGGGAAGUGCGAUCGAACCUGCAACACGCUCAUCCCAUUCCUCAUAUUUCUCUUCAUUGUAACCCUUAUAACAGCGUGUGCCCAGCCAUCAGCAGUCAUAGUGACACUCAGGUCUGUGGAAGAUGGGGAGAGACCCUUUGCACUAGGAAUGCAGUUUGUUUUAUUAAGAACUCUUGCUUACAUUCCCACUCCAAUUUAUUUUGGGGCUGUUAUUGACACCACGUGCAUGCUUUGGCAACAGGAUUGUGGCGUACAAGGAUCUUGCUGGGAAUACGAUGUCACCUCGUUUCGUUUUGUCUACUUCGGGUUGGCAGCUGCUCUCAAGUUCGUGGGAUUCUUUUUUAUUUUCCUGGCCUGGUAUUCCAUAAAGUGUAAAGAAGAACAACUGCAGAGACAGAGUUGGAGGGCUUCGCCGGUGAACACUGUGAGUGAGAUGGUUGGACAAGCUGGACCCCAACAAAACUAUGCACGGACUAGAUCCUGCCCUACCUUCAGUUCCCAAGGAGACAUCAGUGUGGCACAAGGAAUGAACUGCUUAGCACAGACAUACCCCGGCCCUUUUUCAGAAGCAAUAAAUUCCUCAAAUAAAAAUGCAUUGCAAGAAGUCACUGUUGAGCUAUAGACCCAUGGCUUGGUAAUGUAAUAUUUAGUUUUGUUGGUUGACUUAGUUACGGCGCCUUGUAAAACACCUGUGCCUUCUAUUUUUAAUCUAAAUGUAAUGUGAUAAAACCAACAAAGCUUGAUGCAAACAACCAUAAUAUGUUCCUGAGGGCUGGAUACCUCAAACCAACCUGAGUUCUUAUUUCUCCCCUCCCAACAAUGGAGUUUUAAAAAUUGUGUUUGUAAUUAUUUCAGAUGUGUCCAUUAAAUGUCCAUGCUCUGAUCUAAUAUCAUUGUAAAGUUGAGGUGUUAUGAACAGCAGAAGUCAGUGGAAGAGUGACAAAAACUCAUAUUGUUGAUGUCUAGACUCAAAAAAAUGCUUAAAUGUAUUGUCAACUUCAUAUCCACAAAUUGUAUUUUUAAGAGAUGAGUAAUUACUGUGAGUUCUGCUACAAAGCACAACUGAACUUACUUAAACUAUGCAACUUAUUUGGAUAAUUGUAUGUGCAGCAAAUUAAGUUUAAAGCUUGCUUUUAAAGACAUUACUGCAACUGAAUUUGAAAGGGGCUAUUUUCAGGUGUAAUCAUUAAAUUAAAAAAUAACAUAAGGUUCAAAGUACUGUUAAUAACAUGUCAAGCCAUACAAAAGUUGCGCAUCAGGUAAUAUUUGCAAAUGUUGAGUUGUAACAUCUUUAUCCUGUCAAAAUGUGCAUUAAUUUUCACCUGAUGGGAUGUAGUCAUUCUUCACAAAGUAGGUAGGAUACUGUAAUGCUUGAAGUAAAAAACUUCACUAUUGGUUUAUAGUAACAUUAAGAUGUAGGAAUCAUACACACAUACCAGAGCAGAUAUGUGCACAUUUCUGCAAUGUUAUUUGGGUGGCUGUUACUAGCACCAAAUCCAUAUUUUCCUGAAGAAGAAAACAGCUGGUUAUAGCUUGAUAGGAAGUUUGGCUGUCCUUGAGAAUUGCAUGCCAGUGUAGCUCAGCUUCAGUGGGAAAGUCCUGAGGGAGAGGUAAUGGCCUCGUCUGGUGUCUGAGACCUGGCAGGUCCCUCACAGCCAGUGGCAGCAGAGUUCAGGCUGCAGGAGUGAGCAGAGGGGCACCUCUAGGGGCUGCAAGCAACCUGCCCACCAUGGUGCCAGCUCAGAGGCUCUCCCUGCACUCCUGGCACUGCCGAGGCACUGAGCACCCUGACAGCCAGGGGCUGGCGCAGCCCCUCUGGUUUCUGCCACACUUCUGCCUCUCCAGCUACCCAGUGAUGGGCAGGCUGGUGGGACAGACCUGCAGGUCCUGGUUGUGUGGUGUGUCCCACACAUAUUUGCCUUUCCUUUUCUCAGCUUCACUGAAAGCUCCUGUGAAGGCAGAGAGUGAGUUUGUCUCUCCUUUGGCCCUCUGGGUAGAGAGGUAAGAAUAGAAAUUAUCAGCAAGAGUGGACUCACAGGAUGUGAUGUGGCCUUUGUUUAUCCAAAUUACUGUAGUGUGUUCUCUGCCUGGGAGAUGCUGAAACUUUCUAAUCAAAUGUGCUUGGCAUUUCAUUUCUUGCUCUGGAGGCUUUGUAGUGCCGUGCUCAUCAGGUACUAAUAAUGUCUCAAAGGGCAGAAAAUUCUGUCAGUUGGACACUGGGAAGUCAAGGCUGUAUUGUGCCCUGCAGGGGAAGUCUUAGAAGUGUAGGAAAUGAAAAAGCAGUCUUUUAAGAGGACUCAGGUUUGGAUUUUGCUGAGUAGAGAACUUGUGUGAAAAUAAAUAGGAAAGAGCAGAGCUUCUACAUAUUUUAAACAGUUAUUCCUGAUUUAAUUUUUCAAUUUAGAACAUGUAUAUUGAUCAAACACUGUAUGGAACCAAGUCCUUGAAAAUAAAGGCAGUACUCUCCUUGGUAUCCAUUGAAUUGUCCAGGGAAGAGUAGAUUUCCCUCUCCCUGCCUUUGCCAACUGCCUUUUGUCAUCACCUGGAUCUUCUUGACCAGCACAUGGGACUACCCAUGGGUCUGCUUAUUUCAGAAUGUGUCAGUCCACUUAUGUAGUUUGUAACAAUUCUUACUCUUCCUGUCUGAAAACUCCAAUUCUUCUACCCCAAACAUAGAGGAAUAUUGUUUUGACCUCUUCCUACUAUUCUGUCCAUAUUAACAGCCUUUUUAUUUUUUGGGUUAAGCCUGAGAAUGUAUUUUCCUUUUAUGCAGCCACCAGAUACAGCGUGUCCUCAGCACCCACUUCCUGAGAUAAUUGGCUUCUACACUUCCUGUCCUGAGAAAUAAAUUUCCUUGGCUCAAAGGUGUUUGGUGUAUAUAUAUAUAUAUAUAUAUGUAUAUAUAUAUAUAUAUAUAUGUGUGUGUGUGUGUGUAUAUAUAUAUAUAUGUGUAUAUAUAUAUAUGUGUGUGGGUGUGUGUGGUGUGUGUGUAUAUAUUUGCUAUAGGAGAUAGAAUAGAUGAUAAAAAUGUUUCCUUUUGCUUCAGUUUCAAAUGCUUGUUGCGCCAAGAAUUUUCUACCUGGCGAAAAUCGGCAAAGUAGUAUGACAAAGUGUAAUUGCAGCCCAGCCCUCGUCCAUUUUUAUCACUUCCCCAUUUUAAUCAUCACAGGGAGAAGUGAAGAGUGACAAUCUUUUCAAAUACCUCAGGAACAGAGCAUUUAGGGAAUUUUAAAAGGCUGAAGAUUAAUCAUCUGUCCUGAUCUCUUAUAUUUCAUGCCUUGUGUGCUUCAGUUCCAUACAAAAACCAAGGAAGAGAUUAGGAUUGUCAGGAACUAAUGGCACUGAUGCCAAAGAAUGAAAGUGAUAAAAGUGACACUUCUGCAGCUGCUGCUGUUUCUGAGCAUUGAAGGGAUUUCAGAGCUUGUUGCAAUGGAAACCAUCUAUUUUUUAGGAUAUCCUGACCGUAGAAAGAAAGAUGUUAACUUUGGAAAUACUGAAAAAGCCUUUUUUGCAUACUUUCAAUUUUAAUUUUUAAUUUGAAAAUAAAUUUUAAUUUUUCUUUAAGUAUUACAUGCAAAACAAAAUGUAAU